ACAUAGACCCAGAUCUACAAAAUAGUUGAAAAGGCGAUCGUUAUUGCAUAAUAUGUGUUCACUAACAUUGCAGCAUAAUUUUAAAAGACGUUUUUGUACUUAUAAAUUAGAUCUUUUACGAAAAGCUAAGUUAAGCACGGCUUGUAAACAGUUAUUUUUGUUAACACAGACUCAGACAAAAUAUCAAGAAACUUUUCUUGGUCCCAAACAAACGUUUCAAUAUUGUCACUGUAGUCUUAUUCAUACGGAUCAUUCUUCAAACACAUUUUGUUUGCCUAAACAAAAGGAUAGGCCUUCUUAUUCUUAUAGAUCUAGUAAAUUUUAUGGUAGUUACAGUAUUAAUAAAAUAAUGGCAUCUUCUGAAAAAACGCAUCAUCAAGAUAUAAAAGGAACAGAAUUUAAACAGAAUUACGACUAUUUUCUUGUACUUGACUUUGAGGCAACAUGUGAUGAUAAAAUUCAACCCAACCCUCAGGAAAUAAUUGAAUUUCCAGUGUUAAAAGUGAAUGCAAGAACACUGAAGAUUGAAUCUGAGUUUCACAAGUAUGUUGCGCCACAGUUUCACCCAAGAAUCACUCCUUUUUGCUCUGAGUUAACAGGAAUUAUUCAAUCAAUGGUUGACAAUCAACUACAUCUACCUGAGGUUUUACAGAGUUUUCACCAUUGGAUGGAAAAUGAAGGUUUAUUAAAUCCUGAUGUUAGAAGCAUUUUUGUUACUUGUGGUGACUGGGAUCUAAAAUCCAUGUUACCUAAACAGUGUGCUGUGUUGGAUUUAUUAGCUCGGCCAUAUUUUUCACAGUGGAUUAAUAUUAAAAAGUCCUAUGCUGAUGUCACUGGCACAUUCCCUAAGGGUAUGAUGGUAAUGUUGAACAAUUUGAAUUUAAAACACAUUGGCAGGCAUCACAGUGGAAUAGAUGAUUGCCGGAACAUAGCCAAUGUAUUAAUAGCAUUAUUAAAAAAGGGUUAUGUUUUCAAGAAAAACGGCAGCAUUGGAAGAUUUUAAGCACAUUUACAGAAAAAUCAAACCUAUCAUACACUGUUUGCCAUACUCGCUCAUCAUGUGUGAUAGUAAAAAAAAAUGUUAUUAUUUACUUAUGAUUGAAGUACAGUAUUGAAUGUAAUUAAAUAAACUCAUUUCAUACCAGUUCCA